AUGAUUUGUGGUUCAUCACCUCCUCAAUUGAUAAACAAUAAUCGUAUGGGAAUGUCGUUUGGUAUUCAUAGUUUACUUGGUCUAACAACUUCAGCUCGAGAUAUGCUACAACCUUCAUAUAUUUCACCAAAUGCUCAACAAUAUUAUCCUCCAACUCAGGCUACAACAUUUUUUCAUCCCAAUCCAUCAAAUUUAUUCACAAUGGAUAUGGCACAAACACAUUUUGAUCGAACCAUCGCAACAACAUGUCAUCAUGAAGUUAACAAUCAAGCACGAUUGGAUUAUCUGACAGGAACUAAUACUAGCACAUUGUUGAUGAAUAUUGAAGGAUGUGGUGAAGGAGAAGAAGGAACGAUAGCACUAAAUGCAGGAAUAAAUAUAGGCGGAGGAAAUUCAAAUUCACAAAAAAUUAGCCAUAAUAGAUACAAAAAGCGACGUCAACGAACAAUAUUUACUCAGACACAAAUCGAUGAACUAGAAAAAGCAUUCCAGGAAGCUCAUUAUCCAGAUAUGUAUGCAAGAGAAGCGCUAUCAAUCAAGACCUCUAUUGCUGAGGAUCGAAUACAAGUAUGGUUUCAAAAUAGGAGAGCGAAAUGGAGAAGAACUGAAAAGACUUGGGGAAAGAGCACUAUAAUGGCUGAAUAUGGCUUAUACGGUGCCAUGGUACGACAUUCGUUACCUCUUCCAGAGACAAUUACUAAGACAUCAGAUAAUCCUACUGAAUGUGCUGCACCAUGGCUAUUGGGAAUGCAUAAGAAAAGCUUGGAAGCAGCUGCACAUCUAGAAAAUGGUGAAAUUGAUAAAGAUUCAAACGAUGAGGAUGAUGUUGUUCCACAAGAAAUUCCGACUACAACCAGUGAUAAUAAUGAUAAUAGCAAUGAUGAUGACGAUAAAGUUUGUUUAUAUCAAUAUAAUAAUAUUUUUUAA